GUUUCGUGAUUCGACGAAACAAAUUCAGUCCCACUCCGCGCGUCGCGGUGUAGUGUCGUGUACUUGUUAAUUUUUUAUUGCGCCGAAAGCAUUGUUUGAAAAACACGCUCAGCUGAUCUAUGACAUAACUACAUAUUUCUAUAGUGCUGCAGCUAUAUCAAACAUAGGAAUCUGAACAGAUUUUUCUCGUGUAAAACCUUCAAGGACUGCAAUUUUCUAAAAUUAAAAUUAUAGCGUCGCGGAGAAGCGACCUAACCGUGUGACUGGAUCCUGUGAAUCGAUACUUUUAAAUGAUAACAUGGAUUUAAUUAUGUGUUUUAGAAGACGAUGUGAUUAGUGUGCAACUGUGAAUUGUGUUGUAUCUUGGGUUUUGUUCCGAUUUUUGCUGAAAGAGAUGCGGUUAGAAUAGCGCAAUGUUAGGCGUGUGGGUGUGGGUGUGGGCGUGCGCGGUGACAGCGGCGGCGGCUCUGCAGCCUCGCUGUGAGGAGAUCACCAUUCCCAUGUGCCGUGGUAUAGGAUACAACCUCACCUCCUUCCCCAAUGGGCUCGAUCAUGACACGCAAGACGAGGCCGGCCUCGAGGUGCACCAGUACUGGCCACUCGUGGAAAUAAAAUGUUCGGCCGACUUGAAGUUCUUCCUGUGUUCUGUGUACACUCCUAUAUGCUUCGAGGACUACGCCAUGCCGGUGCCGGCUUGCCGCAGCGUGUGCGAGCGUGCCCGCGCCGGAUGUGCGCCGCUCAUGCAGAAGUACGGGUUCCAGUGGCCCGAGCGAAUGGCCUGCGAGAAGCUGCCCCGGCUCGGCGACCCCGACCAUCUCUGCAUGGAGGAGAACGAUCGCGCGCAGGAACCCGAGCCGCCGCGGCCGCCGCCUCGCCGGCCGUACAAAAACCACUGCAAGGAUCCAAAAAACUGCGAAAGCGGCCCGGCUGCAAGCCCGGGCGAGGUCGCAAGCGAGGAGUGCGCGUGCGCGUGCCGUCCGCCGCUGGUGAGCGUGCGCGCCCUGCACAACGCCAGCGCGCGCACGGCCGGCGUGCCCGGCUGCGCGCUGCCCUGCCGCGGCCCGUACUUCACUCGCGAGGAGAAGGACUUCGCGGCCGUGUGGGUGGCGCUGUGGGCCGGCCUCUGCGCCUUCUCCACCCUCAUGACGCUCACGACCUUCGUCAUUGACUCGCAGCGCUUCAAGUACCCCGAGAGGCCGAUCGUCUACCUGUCCGCUUGCUACUUCAUGGUGGCGAUCGGGUACCUGGCCCGCCUCGUCGUCGGCCACGACGAGAUCGCCUGCGACGGGGCCCUGCUCAAGACCUCCUCGAACGGCCCGAGCGCCUGCACCCUCGUCUUCGUCCUCGUCUACUUCUUCGGUAUGUCGUCGUCGAUAUGGUGGGUGGUCCUGUCCUUCGCCUGGUUCCUCGCGGCCGGCCUCAAGUGGGGCAACGAGGCGAUCGCGGGCCACGCCCAAUACUACCACCUCGCCGCCUGGUUGAUCCCGGCCGCCAAGACCGUCGCCGUGCUGUUGGCCGGGGCCGUCGACGGCGACCCGGUAGCCGGCAUUUGCUACGUCGGCAACACCUCUUCGGAGAACCUAAAGCGCUACGUCCUCGCGCCGCUGAUAGUGUACUUCGCUCUCGGGGCGACCUUCCUGCUGGCCGGCUUCGUGUCCCUAUUCAGAAUACGCUCGGUGAUCAAGAGGCAGGGCGGCAUCGGCGCCGGAUCCAAGGCGGACAAGCUCGAGAAGCUGAUGAUCCGCAUCGGCGUGUUCAGCGUGCUCUACGCGGUGCCGGCGGGCGUCGUGAUCGGCUGCUUCGCGUACGAGGCGGGAGGCCGCGAGGACUGGCUGCAGCGCGUCGCGUGCGGCUCGGCCUGCGGCGGCAAGCCCGUGUACUCGGCGCUCAUGCUCAAAUACUUCAUGGCGCUAGCCGUGGGCAUCACGUCGGGCGUGUGGAUCUGGUCGGGCAAGACUCUGGACUCGUGGCGCCGCGUGUGGCGCGGAGGCCGAGCGCCGGCGCCCGCGCACCGGGCUCUCGUGAAGGGCGCCGUGUGACGCGAAGUGGCGGCCGGCCCGCCCCCCGCGCCGCCCCCCGCCCCGCUGCCGCUGCCGCCGCCGCCGCCCUCGCACCCGCUUCCGCCGCCUCACGCGCCGUCUGCCUCCGCGCGAUCCGCCCAGCCGCUCUCCGACUACGGCCCGGUGUGAGCGCCCUCGACGACCGACCGGCCGACGGAGAAGCGGACGCGAAGGGCCGCGAGACAUCGGCGAUAGUUGAACAGACUGAUGUGAUCGUUUCUCUCGUAACGAGCCCCGCGAUGUGCCAUUUUCGACGAUUCUCUGCCGACGGUCAAAUUGUAAAUGUGAUAAACGCACGGCCCGUGCGCAGUUAAUAUUAUAUAGUGAGUGGGAGUGAGUGUGAGUCGCGCCUUGUCUAGUCUUAGCAUAAACGGAACGCGCGACGCGGCGUGACGAGCGUGUGAACGUAAUCUUCAGGUGCGACAGUGAUUUUAUUGCCCACGCGAGGGGUGUAUCUAUAGUCGACAUAAAUAACAAUCGGUGAAAAUGAGCCGCGACGCAACCGCUCAAACACUCCACAUUCCACUUAAUAUCUGCUUCUCGAGACGGGAUUACCUAACGGAUUCGCAAUGAACCACAUUGUCAUCAGUACGUUUCAGUACAUGUUUAGAAAAACGGGAAAUAACUAAAAUAGUUAAACGACGGAAGCAGCUAUUAAAUGGAGUUAGUGAAGUGGCGACAUCGAAACACGAGUUUCGGAUCACGUGACUCGUUGUAACCGGCUGACUUAAGAAUUUGUAAACAAAAAUACGUCUCUCUAUAGAAACUUCGAGAAAGACGCCGCGGCCGAUGGAAACACCGUCUUUUUCUUAGCUUCUGUGGUGGGACGGUUCCGUAAGUCACUGUCGACCACAAACGGGACGUGUCUAAAGUAAUUCGGCAAUCCUGCCGUUUCGCUCUCUCAUAUUGUGUAUGUUUAUAAAUAAGAGCGAGACGACGUGCGUUCGAGUUGGACGUGUAUCUUUUAGACGAAUAAAGCUAAUUUACUUUAUACCUUUUAAUUCUUGGGUAAUUGUAAUUUAAUAAUAAUUCUAAAAUAAUGCUGUAAAAUUGUACGUAAUAAUAUAUUGUAUCUAUGAUUGUGGUAUACGUAAUAAUUUAUAAAUUAAACAAUUCUAUAAUGAUUCAUCUUGGAUGUGAUUAAGUAGGUAGUUCUUGAAUACGAAUCACCACUAGAUGGCUCUGUUUAAAUUAUUGGUCAUCUAUUGGUCAGUAGAGAUAUAAUUUACACAGCUUAAUGUACAGUCAAACAAAUUUUCACAUUGUAUUGCCACCUAUUGGCGAGUAGUAGUAAACUUAACACUGCCAUCUAUUGUACAAUAGAAUAAACUUCCUAUUUGCUACUUUUCUAUGAAAAAACGAGUGCAAUAGUUUUGAUGUCAAUUGUGAAGGAAAUAAUUUUAGUCUAACACGAACAUCGCAGCCUAAGAGAAAUAAGAAUGUAAUUUAUUUUAUAUCCUAACUGUAGAUAAAUAAAACGACUUUUAUGUACAAAUUU